UGUUGUUUAUUAGUUGCAAGGAGCGGUGGAUUCAUGAGGGUGGCGGCCGCGUGAGCGCCUUUCCUGCUCUGCAGACGAACGAGGCUCGUGGACUCUGACGUCGCGAGAACUUUCGCUACUGGCUGCAGAAGACAUGGCAGCGGACCGCAGUCCUGUGUGAACUGGAGGAAUCAAUCAAUGUGUUUGAGAGGAUUUUGACCGCUUUCCUUCCUUUUGUGUCCGCCCGCUGUCGACGUGUUGUCGUGUCUCUGCAACUCCCGGGCGUGAAGAGACACACAGACCCUCGUCAUUCUCUCGAACCCAGGGCCGGCUCUCCGGAGCGCUCCGUUAGCCGCUCUUCUCUUCUCUUCUCUUUCUUUUCUCAGUCAGCGCGGAGUGAAAAUGCAGCGGGGGGUCCGGACGGCCGCGCGCGGCAAACCCGGAUAACGAGCGGAUCAUUUUAUUUUGUGUACAGUCUCGUUUAUCAUCAGUUAGUAUCGCCAUCAACACACACACACUCCUGGAGGGAGUGAGAGAAGAGCCCCUUCCUUCCUCCGUGUGAUCUUCUUCCAGGCAAAAAAAAAAAAAAAGGAAGCGGACUUUCUGCGCUCCGGCGGCGGCGGCGGCGGUUCUCCGCUCGGCUCGUUUCUCGGAUCCUCCCCGCAUCAUGAGGGCGGUGCGGCGGCCGGAGAAGGAAGCAGAGCCUCGGCGCCCGGCUCCCUGAGACCCUCCUCGGACCCCUUGUCCUUCCCGGCGGAGUUUUUUCUCUCUCUCUCUCUCUCCGCCGAUCGAUUCUUCUCCGCUUCCCCCGAAUUGCCCCAAAAAUGCCUCGCGGAGCCCUGCGAUUUCCCUCCAUUUCCUUCUGAUACGGGACGUGUCACCGGAGACCCCUGAUUCCUGUCCGUCUGAGUCUGUCCCCUGCCUGUCGUGUCCCCGUGUGUCCCCCGUCCUCUGUCCCUCCCGCUCCCCGGAGGAGAAGAGCAAGAGGCUCGACAGGCGGGCGAUCCGUCAGGUUCGUUCUGGCCUCUUUCUUGUAUCACUCGCACUCGUCCGUCGAUCAACUUCCAGUCAGACUUGAAAAUUAAUCCUUGGAAUUCUAACGUUGUUUUGGAGUGUCAGAGCUACUGUUGAUUCAUGCACCUCGGGGUAUCUGAGUCCAUGAGAGAGCGCGAGUACAGUCAGAUCAGCACUCGCAGCUCGACGCCCAUGGAGUCCCCCCACCAGAAGAGAGUGCUCCGCAAGAAGUGGCAGGCCUUCCCGGGCCAGAACAAAUUCUACUGCGAUGGUAGGAUUAUGAUGGCAAGACAGACCGGUGUCUUCUACCUCACCCUGGUCCUCAUCCUGGUCACCAGUGGGCUCUUUUUCGCGUUUGACUGCCCGUUCCUGGCAUCGGCACUGAGUCCCGCCAUUCCUGCUGUUGGGGGGGUGCUCUUUGUCUUCGUCAUGGGGACGCUGCUCCGGACGAGCUUCAGCGACCCCGGCGUCCUGCCCAGGGCCACGCCUGAUGAGGCUGCCGACUUGGAGAGGCAAAUCGACGUCGCCAAUGGCUCCAGCUCCGGGGGAUUCCGGCCUCCCCCCAGGACGAAGGAGGUGCUCAUCAACGGGCAGACGGUGAAGCUCAAGUACUGCUUCACCUGCAAGAUCUUCAGACCACCUCGUGCCUCCCACUGCAGUCUGUGCGACAACUGUGUGGAGCGAUUCGACCACCACUGCCCCUGGGUGGGCAACUGCGUGGGCAGAAGGAACUACCGUUUCUUCUACAUGUUCAUCCUCUCGCUGUCCUUCCUCACCAUCUUCAUCUUCGCCUUUGUUAUCACCCACGUCAUCCUGCGGUCCCAAAGCUCGGGCUUCCUCACUGCAUUGAAAGACAGUCCUGCCAGCGUGCUGGAGGUGGUGGUUUGCUUCUUCUCCGUGUGGUCCAUAGUCGGCCUGUCUGGGUUCCACACUUACCUGAUCAGCUCCAAUCAGACCACGAACGAAGAUAUUAAAGGGUCGUGGUCAUCAAAGCGAGGGAAAGACAACUACAAUCCCUACAGCUAUGGCAACAUCUUCACAAACUGCUGUGCGGCACUCUGCAGCCCCCUUCCACCCAGUCUGAUAGACAGACGAGGCUUCAUCCAGCCAGACACGCCACAGCCUGCACCCCCCACCAACGGGAUCACCAUGUACGGAGCUACGCAGUCUCAGAGCCACAUGUGUGACCAAGACCAGUGCAUUCAGAGCACCAAAUUCGUUUUGCAGGCUGCGGCCACACCCUUGCUUCAGAGUGAGCCGGUCAUGAUGAGCGAUGAGCCCUCACUGCCGGGCCGGACCUCCCUGGGCGCAGCGUGUGCCUCCCUGCCCCUGGGCCAGCCCACCCCACCCACCUCCACUCCCAGUCUCAGCUGCGAUGCAGACCUGCUGCCCCUGCAGGGCAACCACGUCGAGGGGCAGCACCACUUCCUGACUCCAGAGGAGGCACCGUCCCCACCCGGCAUGCUGCACUGCGGCAGUCCCAUGGGCCAGGGCCACCCCCACGGUCACGCCCCCGGUCACGGUGUGCCCUUCUACAGCCCGGCCAGCCAAGACUCCCUGCACGAGGAUUCCGUCAGAGGGCUGGUCAAACUCAGCUCGGUCUAGUCCGUCCAUCCGUCUGUGCCCUACCCCACGUCCAGCUCUCAAAACCCCUCUCCAGUUCACCUUGCCAAAGCCCGGUUCAGUCCAGCGUCAUUUGGCUACCGACCAUCCCCAGAGCCCCGCUUGAGCAGCGUGGUGGUCGCCCUCGUCCUUCGAGCCGGGGUCGGCGCUCCAGCUGAGGGUGAACGCGCACGUUCACGGCGAGAUCCUCCGCUCCUCUCCAACCCUGUGGAGUUGUGGGAGUUGGCAGGGGGUUGGACACAUGCCGAGCGAGAUGGCAUCGCAUCAGGUGUCUCAAAGGAAUCAAGACACAAUGAUCAGGACUGCUGAACACUCAACAGAAAUGCUGCUUCUCUCUGCCUGUUCUGUUGUGGGUCUGGCCAGCGCUCCUCUCCGAAGCGGCACGAGGCCAAUGGGCCGACCGCACAUGGACCGUGCCGUUGCCUUUCUGUCGCACACUCCCUUGUGGACUGUUAAAGGUGAAAUCAGUAACUGAAGUUACUGUCUUGUGUUGCAUAUCAUUUAAUUUUUUUUUAUGUUUCAUGCUUAAAGAAAACAUGGUAUUGUGUUGUGCCAUACAGGGACAUUUUUUUUUCCUUCAGUUGUUGAACUUCCUGUGGAUAUUAAUAAAAUCACAACUUUUUAUCAGCAGUGUAGUCAAUCCUGAGGCUUAACUGAUCGUCCCCCCAGGAGAACCACGCAAGUGGUUCCUCCCUCCUUUGUCGUUGAUUUACACUGAACUGUCACCCGAAGUGCUGUAACGUACGACCUGGUCA